AUGGGACUGUGGCGCUUUCUCUUCGUGGUGGUCUUCUUCCUGCUCCCUGAUGCUGUUCCCCUGAAGAUCAAGGCUUAUUUCAAUGAGACUGCAGACCUGCCAUGCCCAUUUACAAACUCUCAAAACCUAAGCAUGAGUGAGCUGGUGGUGUUUUGGCAGAACCAGGAAAUGUCGGUUCUGUAUGAGCUAUACUUAGGCAAAGAGAAACCUGACAAUGUUAAUCGCAAAUAUAUGGGCCGUACAAGUUUUGAUUGGGAAAAUUGGACCCUGCGACUUCACAACAUUCAGAUCAAGGAUCAGGGCUCAUAUCAAUGCUUCAUCCAUCACAAAAAGCCCAAAGGAAUGAUUCUCAUCUACCAGAUGAAUUCUGACUUGUCAGUGCUUGCUAACUUCAGCCAACCUGAAAUAAUAGAAAUUUCUAAUGUAACAGAAAAUUUGUACAGAAAUUUGACCUGCUCAUCUAUACAAGGUUACCCAGAACCUAAGAAGAUGAGUUUUUGGCUUAAAACUGAGAAUUCAACUACUUUGUAUGAUGGUGUCAUGCAAAAAUCUCAAGAUAAUGUCACGGAACUGUACAACGUUUCCAUCAGCUUGUCUGUUUCACUCCCUGAUGUUACAAGCAAUAUGACCAUCAUCUGUGUCCUGCAAACUGAGCCAAUGAAGACAGAGCUUUUCUCCUCACCUUUCUAUAUAGAUCCUAAGGACCCCCAGCUUGAGCCUCCAGACUACACCGUCGGGAUUGCAAUAGCUAUAACUCUGACACUGGCAAUUGGAAUUCUGCCGAUACUCGGUUAUAUUCGAUGGAGGAAGAAGAAGAAGAAGCAACCUGGCAUCUCUAAUGAACGUGGUGAGUCAGUCUUUGUCCUCCCUGCAGAUUGCCACUUUGCAGCUAUUUCCCAGUCAGCUGCCUUCUAG